AUGGUACACACGGGCGCCGUUGCUGCCAGCGCGACCACCGCGACAGCCUCGCAGUCGCACCCGCAGUCGCAGUCGAGCAUCCCACGACCCUCCGUCAAACGCUAUCGCCAUUCUGGAUCGUUUCACGCCGGUGAGCCAUUUCCCGAUCUCUCUCCCUAUCGCGAAUCUCCAUCAAGCAGCCGCCGCCGACGAAGAAAGAGUUCUGUCGCCGGCCGUCCUCCUCCGGUCCAGCGACAGUCGACCGCCAAAUACCACACAUUUCCGACCGAACCCCCCGCGACGCCCUCCAACCAGCCUCAGCAGACGCGGCUGAGAAAGAACUCAUGGCUCCGGUCACUGCUCAGACAUUCGCCAUCGCGAGAAGAAAAUGGAGAGGACAACAGCCACUACUUUUCACAAGCCGACGAACGAGGCUUCAGCGCAUCGCCAUCGCGAAGGGGCGAGGGGUCAGACAACAGCCACCACCACACGAGACCUGAUACGAGUCCGAAUUCAACGCCGCUACCGUGGAGACAACUGGCUCUGCUCGCGCUCCUGUCACUGGCAGAGCAGACAGCCCUCAAUUCCAUUGGUCCUUACCUCCCAGCCAUGGUGGCCUCGUUUCCCGAGAUCCCCUCCGGCCAGGAAGGCAUGUACGUGGGCUUGCUCGCAUCGGCUUUUGCCAUGGCACAGCUGGCGACCAAUCUGCUGUGGGGGUGGCUUUCUGAUAGGAUUGGACGCAAGCCUGUCAUGCUGAUCGGGACAUCUUUGUUGGCUGGCUGCUUCUGCUUCUUUGGCAUGUGCACCACCUAUGCGCACUUGAUCAUAGUACACGUCGCUAUGGGAUUGCUCAACGGGAAUGCGGCAGUAGUCCCUACGUGUCUGGGCGAAGUCACUGACAGGACGAACCAGAGCAGAGCAUUUACGUGGCUUCCCGUCAUCUAUUCGCUUGGAAGCAUUACAGGGCCUGCCCUGGGUGGUCUGUUGGUGGAGACGGAUGCUGGGAUUGACGGGGCAAAAUACCCCUACUUGACCCCAAAUCUUGUGGUGGCGGCUUUUUUGGUCGUCAGUGUCAUUGUGCUAGGAAUAUGGUUCAAGGAAACCUUGGAAGGAGAACAUGAUGGGACAUCUGCACGAGGCCCGCGUGGUUGGAUGGGGUGGCUGAAAAGCAUUGUCCAGCGGCCGUGGAGAAAACAACAAGCUGGAAAACACAGGUCGGAAUCCGUCAGUUCUGACCACCAGCAAGAUAGCCAAGAACAGCAGGCACUUCUCAGUUCGGCGAAUACCAAGGCAGCUGAUGAAGAUGACGAGGAUGCGAACAGCCUUACUCCGUCGCAAAAGAAGUCUGCCUUCCGACAAUUGGCCAACCGAAAUACCAUGGCCGUCUUGGGAACCUAUCUUGUCUUUCAACUUGCCAACAUCUCUUUCAACUCUCUGUACCCAAUCUUUGUCUCUGCUCCUCCCCCCACCGGACGCGAGCUUGGACCGGGCAUCAUCGGCCUGUCCCUGUCCCUUGCAGGCCUGGCCACCAUUGUCUUCCAGGCUCUUGUGUUUGAAAGGCUCAAGGCGAGGAUGGGGAACCUGGGAACAUACCGGUUUUCUCUACUUGGAAUGGCGGUUGCUAUGAGUCUUAUGCCCUGGAUUGGGUACUUGGAUUCAACGCCUCACCUGGGCAUCGGCAGCGGCAAGGGCUGGCUUUAUAGCGAGCUGGGAGUCAUUCUAAUCAUCAAGAAUAUCUGCGCUGUCGGGGGGUUGAGUAGUGUCAUGCUUCUGAUCACAAACUCGGCUCCGUCCCAUGAGACGUUGGGAACUUUGAACGGGAUUGCUCAAACGCUGUCAGCCGCCGGGAGGAGUGUGGGGCCAUUCUUGUCUGGGGGCCUGUUUACUUUGAGCAUGCGUUUCAGGCCCAAGGGAGAGGCGCUCGCAUGGGGUCUUUUCGCCGGUGUUACUCUUGGCGGGUGGAUCUGGAGCUGGGUGAUCAAAGGCUAUGGGUUAGAGAGUGCCGAGUACGAAGGUGAGGAAGAGCAAGGUGGUGAGGGUGCAGAUGGACAGGACGAUGAGGAUAUUGACGAGGAAAGGGCUGUUGGCAGGUGA